CUGCGCCUGGGACGGCCGACCACCAUGGUAGUCUCGCCGCUGCUGAUGGUCGCCCUGCUGGCCUCCGCCUCCAUCGCCUGGGGCUAUUCCUACACAGAGCGGGUCGCAAUCCGACCAGGCCAUAAGAAUGAGUGUUGGGUUUCCACAAAGAAGAGGUUUUUCGCAAACGGUUCUUCGUGGUAUGAAGACCACAAGUGCGAGAAAGGCAUCUGCAGAGAAGGAGGCACCAUCAUUGUUCACAUCGGAUGCGGCCUCAUCGUCUACGUAAAGGGCUGUCGCGUGGUGACUCCGCCCAAGAGCCGCAAACUGAAGCACCCACACUGCUGCCCGUAUGUCAAGUGUCCGUGAAGCCGUGCGCUGCCUGCCCACACACGACGGGCCUGACCGAUCCCGACGACGCCUCCCAGAUGUUGUUCGGUGUUGAGAUCUGAACGGGUGCGGUGUGGUUUUCGGGGGUUUAGACAGCGUGUCGGCGCCCCAGAACUGACCGUAGUGACGUGGAUGGUGGCGUGCUGCGUGCACCUUUCGGUCUGUCGUGGCCUUACUUCAUUUUGUCUUAUUCCGAGCACUGCCGUACUGUGACGUCCAAAGUCAGCCUACGAUGUGCCCCACGGACGCGAGGCUGAUGCCCGUGCGGUUGAAUGACACGCGAAGGUUAUAGCUGAUCAGAACACAUCGAGCACCAGUUUCUGUCGCGUUGUUCAGUGUUGCUUUGAAAACGAAAAAUGAUGACAGCCAGCAAACAUUUAAUCCGGAAGGCUCAUGCUUCCGAACUGAUUGUAUCGAAUAACAUGCUGAUGAAUAGAGUGUUUGAUGUGGU